UGGUUCCCAAGGAGCAGUCGAGAAUCAAGAGCUUCAGGCAGCAAUAUGGCAACACAGUCAUCGGGCAAGUCACUGUGGAGAUGGUGUACGGCGGGAUGAGAGGCAUGAAGGGGUUAAUAUACGAGACCUCUGUCCUGGACCCCGAUGAGGGCAUCCGCUUCCGCGGGUACAGCAUCCCCGAGUGCCAGAAGCUGCUGCCCAAAGCCCCCGGAGGGGAGGAGCCCCUGCCUGAGGGCCUCUUCUGGCUGCUGCUGACCGGAGACAUCCCCACUCAGGAACAGGUGAGCUGGGUCUCUCAAGAGUGGGCCAAGAGGGCGGCUCUGCCCUCCCACGUGGUGACCAUGCUGGACAACUUCCCCACCAACCUGCACCCUAUGUCCCAGCUCAGCGCCGCCAUCACCGCCCUCAACAGCGAGAGCAGCUUCGCCCGGGCCUACUCCGAGGGCAUCAGCCGGGCCAAGUACUGGGAGUUCAUCUACGAGGACUCCAUGGACCUGAUCGCCAAGCUGCCUUGCAUCGCCGCCAAGAUCUACCGCAACCUGUACCGCGAGGGCAGCAGCAUCGGGGCCAUCGACCCCAGCCUGGACUGGUCCCAUAACUUCACCAACAUGCUGGGCUACAGUGACCCCCAGUUCAUCGAGCUCAUGCGGCUCUACCUCACCAUCCACAGUGAUCACGAAGGCGGGAACGUCAGCGCCCACACCAGCCACCUGGUGGGCAGCGCCCUCUCCGACCCGUACCUCGCCUUCGCCGCGGCCAUGAACGGCCUGGCCGGGCCGCUGCACGGCCUCGCCAAUCAGGAGGUGCUGGUGUGGCUGACGAACCUGCAGAAGGAGCUGGGCCAGGACGUGCCUGAUGAGAAGCUGCGAGAUUUCAUCUGGAACACGCUGAACUCCGGCCGGGUGGUCCCCGGCUACGGCCACGCCGUGCUGAGGAAGACGGACCCCCGCUACACCUGCCAGCGGGAGUUCGCCCUCAAGCACCUCCCCAAGGACCCCAUGUUCAAACUGGUGGCGCAGCUCUACAAGAUCGUCCCCAACGUGCUCCUGGAGCAGGGCAAGGCCAAGAACCCCUGGCCCAACGUGGAUGCGCACAGCGGGGUGCUGCUGCAGUAUUACGGCAUGAAGGAGAUGAAUUACUACACGGUGCUGUUCGGCGUCUCGCGGGCCCUGGGCGUCCUGGCCCAGCUCAUCUGGAGCCGGGCGCUCGGCUUCCCGCUGGAGAGACCCAAGUCCAUGAGCACGGACGGCCUCAUGCAGCUCGUGGGCUUCAAAUCGGGUUAAAGGAAGGGAUGGGAUUGGGGGGGGGGGGAGAGCUCGCUUGCCAGCUGUCCAGGGGCCGUUUAAAGAGACAGUACACCUUUUCCCUUCCAAGGGCCUCGGCCAGCCGCUAGAAUUAAACCUUUCUCUGAGGCACUGACCAUAAGUUUCAGGUUAUUUAUGGUGUAAAUUAAGAUUAAAACAAUCAGCCCCCUUCCUAUCUCCCCCAAUCUGCCCGCCGCCCUUAGCGGCACCUCUGUUAAACUCCUGAGCCAACCAGAGCCCAGCCACUCCCCCCCUCCCCCCGCACGGCUUUCUAGGCCAGCCCGCUCUAGCCCCCCGGCCAGGAGAGGAGGGUCCUUUCCCAAUCAUGUACCGUGCUGAGUGCUGCCUUGUCCAUGUUGCAGCCCCAUAGCCAGACAAGCGCCUAGGCCCAGAUCAAACCUGCUCGCUUAGCCCUGAGAGGGGGGUUGGUGUGUGAACGCUUGAAUCGCUUCCUUUGCCUUGGUCCUCCUCUCCUGCCACCUUGAGUCGGGGGCCGGAGCAUCUCUGGGCUUUUCCUCCUCCCGGGGCAGGGCCUGGGGCACCCUUGCUGUACACCAGGGGCAUGGACCCUUUCUCAUCCCACCCCCCUGUAAGUCUCCCCCUAGGGACUUCCCUGGCUCGCUGCUGCAGGGGCAUUGCUGUCUGAGACUCGGCUCCUUGCUCCCAGCAGGGGCCAGGCCUUCCCCUGAGCCCCACUGCUACCUAGGGGGAGAGUGGGGCAGGGGAGGGGAAAGGCUUCCCCAGGAACGUCUGCGCUUAGGCUUUCCCUCGGCGUGGCGUCCGGGCCAGAGCCGUGGGGCUGCGGGGGGUAGCCCGGCCGAGCGAGGACGUGAUUUCCUGGGCAGCAGGCAGUAGCUGCGGGGCUGUGCUGCUAGCCACCUUUUUGAGCAGUUGCAGUGCAAAAGUGACCCUGGCUCCUGCCCUUUCUCCCGAGGAAGGACACGAUACACUCCUCCCCCGCCCCGGUUCUGUGUGUGUUUGUGUGAAUGCCCGUGUCCCCUAACCGCCCCCGGGGCGCCGGGCGGGUUCCGGCCGUGGCCUGGCGCAGCCUGCGGGCGGCUCUGUACAAAAUGCAAAAUAAAUGUUU